GCUCAGCUGUUGGAGCUUCGGACUCAGAACUACCAGCUGUCUGAUGAUCUGAGGAAGAACUCUUCAGAGCUGAACGCCGUCCGUCAGAAGAAUGUGGUUUUGGAAAGAGAUUUUGUCAAAGCGCAGAAGGCUUUGAAUAAGAGCAAGAAAGCUCAGGAGGUGGAGGCUCUGCUGAGUGAGAAUGAGAUGCUUCAGGGUAAACUCCACAGUCAGGAGGAAGACUUCAGGCUGCAGAACAGCACGCUGAUGACGGAGCUCUCCAAGCUGUGCACUCAGAUCGAGCAGCUGGAGCAGGAGAACCAGGGUCUGAAGGAGGGAGGAGCAGAGUCUGCAUCCAGCCCCCCAACAAACCCCACCUCCAGUCCUGUGGACGGAGAGCUGCUCCGCCUGCAGGCUGAAAACUCCACCCUCCACAAGAAGAUGAAAGCCCUCCAGGAGCGCUACGACAAGACCAACCAGAGCGUUACCACGGAGACGGACGGGUCGGCCGGGGCCAACGGAGUCUCUGAUGUCACAGGGAGAGGGGAGGAGCCUGCAGCCGAGGGAGCCAAUGAGAGACUGGAACAGUCGGAGGCUCAGCUGGAACUCAAAGACAAACAGCUUCAUGGCCGGUCAGAGAAGAGCGUAGAGAAGAUUGUAGCUAAGCAGGCAGCGCUAGGCUGGUCGGCUGCUCUCUGUCCAAUAACUCACUGCUUUGGACCAGAGCUGGAGAUGGCACUGACCACGGAGACGGAGGAGAAGAGGCUGCUGAGGGAGCAGGUCCACCAGCUGGAGGCAUCCAAACAGGCUGAAAUCACCAAACUGCAGGAAGAGAUAACAAAGCUGUCUGACAAGUUAAAGAAGAAACAGGAGAGUUUUCUACGUCUGCAGGGAGAGAAGGAGGCUCUGUACAACGACAGCAGGACAAAGAUCGAUGAGAUCAACCAAAGAAAGGAGGAGGAGCUAAAGGCCACGAACAUCCGCAUCCAGAAACUGCAGUCUGACGUCGUGACAGCCAAUCAGACGACUGCUGAGCUGAAAGAGCAGAUGCAGAGCAAAGAGAGAGAACAUGAGCUCGCUCUGCACACCUUGAAAGAUCAGGUAGCCAAUCAGAGUGCAAUCAGUCAGGAGCAGGUGGACAACAUCCUGCAGGAGAACGAUGCUCUGAGGACUAACCUAGCUGCUCUAGAACAGGAGAACCGUGCUCUGAGGACUAAUCUGAGCGCUCUUGAACAGAUCCAGACGGUGAAGACUCAGGAGAUGAAUCUCCUCCGUGAGCAGCAGGAGGCGCUGACGCUGGAGCUGCAGCAGAGACGAUCUGAACAGGAGAGUCUGCUGGCUCAGAGGGACGACCUGGACUCCCAGCUGCAGGAGUCGAGUUUUGCCAGCAGGAAGUUGUUGGAGCAGCUAACGGAAGAAGGACAAGAGAAGGAGAAACUGCUGAGAGACCUGGACGAGGCCAAGAAGACAGCGGAGAAGAGGAAGGCCAUGCUGGACGACAUGGCCAUGCAGCUGAACCAAGAGAAGUCCAACCACAAGGAGGCGCUGUCAGACCUCAAACUGCAGCACGAGAAGGAGGUCCUGGGGGUGAGGGCUCGUUAUGAGAAGGAGCUCCGAGGCCUCCAUGAGGAAAAGAAUCGCUCAGAGGAGGAGAUCCGACAGCAGCUCAGAGAGGAGAAGGCUCGGACCAAAGAGCUGGAGGGUCUCCAGCAGCGCGUGGAGGAGCUGCAGGUUCAGGUUCAGUCCAUGGAGGGAACCAAAGGCUGGUUUGAGAGACGACUGAAGGAGGCCGAGGAGAAAAUAGAGAAAAACUCUCUGGAACAUCAGGACGAGAUCGAGAGACUGCAGAGAGAACACACACUUCAGCUGGAGGAGAAGCAGUCAGAGACGGAGGGAGUGAAGCAGCAGCUGGUGGAGGUGGAGAAACAGAAGGAGGGACACAACGACACCAUCGAGAAACUCAAACAGGAGAUAAAGGACACGGUGGACGGACAGAGGAUUCUAGAAAAGAAGGGCAGUGCAGCGCUGAAGGACUUGAAGCGGCAGCUGCAGCUGGAGAGGAGGAGAGCCGACAAACUGCAGGAGAGACUCCAGGAGAUCCUGACCAACAGCAAGACCAGGACAGGUCUGGAGGAGCUGGUUCUGUCAGAGAUCAACAGUCCCAGUCGGACCCAGCAGACCGGAGACUCGUCCUCCGUCUCCUCCUUCUCCUACAGAGACAUGAUGAAGGAGGCUCAGCCGACCAAUCAGAGCAAGUCUGGAGGAGGAAGCCCUCAGUCUCAGCGUCCGGCUGAACUAUCAGACGACGAGGUCGGGGAGUUGUUCCAGAGGCUCGCUGAGGUCCAGCAGGAGAAAUGGAUGCUGGAGGAGAAGGUGAAACAUCUGGAGGUGAGCUGCUCAUCAAUGGCUGAAGAUAUCUGCAGGAAGAGCUCCAUCAUAGAGACCUACGUGAUGGACAGCCGCAUAGAUGUGUCGGGCAGUGCCGUGGGGGGUCACGGAGGCUUCCAGGUGGAGAGAGGAGGUCUGGGUUCUGUCCUCAGAGAUCUGGUGAAACCGGGAGACGAGAACCUGAGAGAGAUGAACAAGAAGCUGCAGAACAUGUUGGAGGAGCAGCUGACCAAGAACAUGCACCUGCAGAAGGACCUGGAGGUUUUGUCCCAGGAAUUAGUCCGUCUCAGUAAAGAGGGCAGUUCUGGUGGCGGUGCAGCCGGGUCGGGAUGAGACUAUCGCCUGGAUCCAUCCGUCCAUUCCCUUCCUUCUCAUUUCAGCUUGAACGAAUGGGCUGGGCUCAGACUAACACCUGGAACAAACAUUUCUUCCCCUUCCCAUUCCCCAUGGCAUCAGAUCUGCUGCGGGCUCAGACUAACAUCUGGAGCCGCUACGAUUUCACCAUCUCAGUCAUGACUAAAUGCUGGAACCUGUUGAUUCUCAAUGAAGAGAAGAGACGGUGAGUUUUAACGGUGUAGAAGAAGAAACUAAAGACCAGUGGGAAUGGAAAAGUAACGGCUCAGCUCAUUUAUGUUGCUAUUGAAUGUACUGUAAUUAGAUUGGACCACUCACCUGGCUACAACCUGGAAACAAACAUUGUAACAGACUUCUGAUUUCCAUUGUGACUGUAAACCUUUCUGUGUCUGGAGGUGAUUUCAGAACGUCUGUCCGUCAGGUCCUGGCUAUGUCCUGGAGUACUACACAUGCCUGCUAUCUGAAAUGAACGAAUGUUAUUUUAUUGUUUUCUUGGUGCAGUAACUCUGUUGUGAUCUGGCUAUUUCCUGGGCUUCUCGUCUGCAACUAAAUACUUCUGUACUAAAAAAUGUGGGGUCUGUCUACGACCUGGACCUGGAAAAACUCUUAAACACAAGGUCUGCUUAUUGGUUUAUUCCCCGAGCUUUCAGUCACAUCUCAUGACCUUCAUCGGCUGCAGUUUGUCUCGGUUGUCAUGGAGAUGAGAGGAGGCUGACAGGAAGUGGACCUUUCUGUUGAGACGUUUUUCAGUCGGUUGUGUUUCUGUCAUCGUCCUCAUCUCUUUAUUAUAUUUAAGGCUGUAGAUUAUUUUGGGGGUUUUUAAUCAGAAGAAAAUUUCAAAAAUGAUUUAAAAUUUCAAAAUUAUUCACUGAUUUUAGAUUUUUUUAUUUCUUUUGGAGUAAAAGUGUUCUUCGUGUUUGUACGACGGCAGAAAUACCAAUUAUAGAAAUACAAAUAUAUAUUCAUAGAGCCGGGGAAAUGAUGAGACAAAGAUUGGAUCAACAAAAUAUAUGAAUGAUAUUAGUAUUUAUUUAGGCUCACGAAUGAACACGGAAAUGAAUAUGAAAGACAGAAAACAUGUUUAUGUAUCUGUCAGGACCUUCGUCUAUUCAGACGGCUGGAUUUAGCCUCAAUCCACGACUUACAUCUCAGAUCUUUUCUUUAUGUUGAACCUAAACUGAUCGUCUUUGUUUGCCUUUCGAUAAUUAGCCUUUUUAUCUCCAGGGACCUGUCUAUGUCUUGGAUCACAUGAACUGUAAUUUGUCUUGCACUAUUGAAUUCAUUUAUGACUUAUUUUCAUCCCUACUGGGGACACCAAAUGGUGCAGAAAAAACUAACAAAUGAACCUGUCAGCUUCGGAUGCUAUUGACUGAAAUAUAAGAUUUUUUUUAUUUAUGUUGGCUGUGUCUACUUCCUGCUUGAAACAACAUAUCGAUGAUUUUGACUUUGAUUUGUAAAGAAAAGAUAACGUUUUUGACAGGAAGUGAAAGACGAUCACUUCCUGUCUGCUACAUGGUCCCUGACUACGUCCUGGACUGAACCUCUAGCACAGACUGCUUCUGGUGAUCGGGCUCUGACUACAUCCUGGACACGCCUGUAGCAGGCUGUUGGUUUUAUGCUGUAACUGUACAUUUCUGCUUUAUUUUAGUUUUUGUUUGUACACUGCUAAAUCAUUUCCACUUCAGUCUGAUGUGAAGACUUUAAAUCUUGUGAGAAGAACUCAACUUGUCAACGGUGCAGCUUUUAUUUUGUCUUUUUCAACCUCAGACCCUUUUACACCAAACGUAAAGAUAUUAUUACGUAAAUAAAAGAUAUUUAAUGUCAAAAAUAACAAGAAGAAUCUCAGUUUAAAGGAAUAAAUCUUCAUAAAGCCGAUUGAGCUGCACUGAAAAACAAACUGCAGUCUUCUCUCUCACUGAGCGGGAUCGGUCUAUGUGCUGGACAGUGACCCGUUGCUUUUGUUUCAGUUGUAAUGUUUAAAUCUGUAUAUAUAUAUUCACGCUGUGAUAUGACUUCUAACUGUAUGAAGAAUCAACUGAUCUAUUUAUGAGACUGAUGAUGAAGAUGAUCAUGACGCUAAUUAUUGUAACAUUAUGAAGAUAUGAUAAAAUAUUGUCUGGAGAUGCCGACGUGUUCGUGGUUUUCUGUUCACAUCAACAAACGUUGAAAUAGAUCAACCCUGACCUUAGGGCUCUGUCUACUUCCUGGACUAACAGCUUGAAGAGGAGAGCUGAAUACGUGUCUUUGGU